AUGGAUAUCAGUUCAACAAAUUCAAGUAUUGAUUCAACGGAUCCAAAUUGGAAUCUUUUCUUGCACCAAUUGCAGGCUGAAAAUCAACGUCAGAAGUUUACAGAGCAGGUGCAAACGUUAACGGGUCGUUGUUGGGACGUGUGUUUUUCGGAUUAUCGACCACCAAGUAAGUUGGACGGAAAAACACAAAACUGUAUCAACAACUGCGUGAAUAGGAUGAUUGAUGCCAGUAAUUUUAUGGUGGAACAUUUGCAGAAAAUGAGUGCUACUGAAAUGAGCUGA